AUGCUGAGCUCAUCGGCUUUCAGAGGUAGACCUAACGAAGACCCGAUCCCUCACUUGACUCGAUUCAAGCUACUAUGCCAGUCGGUGAGGACAGUCCGCGGAGUUACCGAUGAGUCUCUCAUGCUCAUGGCCUUUCCAUUCUCCUUAAUGGAUACUGCUCUGGAAUGGCUCUACACACUACCUCCAGAAUCCAUAUUCUCAUGGGAACAAAUGCAAGAAAAGUUCAUGCAGCGGUUCUUCCCCGCUAGCAAGACCCAGCUCGCGAAACAACAGAUUAACUCAUUUUUGCAGGAACCUGAUGAAUCCUUACGUGAAGCUUGGGAUCGCUUUCAAGUAUACCAGAGAACAUGUCCUCACCAUGGAUGGGAUAAAAGGUACCUUAUUUCCACUUUCUUGCAGGGAUUAAAGGAGGACACUCGGGUUCUUAUUCGAGUAGCAUGUGGAGGAAGCCUCAACGAAAAAUCAUUCAACUUCAUAGAGCAACAAAUCAACAAGAUGGCCAACGAGUGUGCUCCCUCUCACGACUUUAUCAGAAACAUUAGCCUCAAAGACAGUCGUGCAGGUAAAGAAAGUCUAUCUGAAAUUCAGGCAUUACGUGCAGAAUUGGCAAAACUUAAAAUGCAGGUUGAGAAUGCCCAUCAGAUCUCAGACUUAGACACAUCAACCAACGGGUACAUGAUCGAAGAUGUCUACUACGUAGAUAACAACAUGUACUCGAAUGUGUACAAUUCGGGGUGGAAGAAUCAUCCAAACUUCUCGUACAAGAAUUCUUCCGACGUCUUGAAUACUCCCCUCGGAAAUUUUGGUGGUCCGGCUAAUCCGGGUCUUUCUCAAGGAUAUCAACCUCGACAUCGAGCUCCCCCGCAACAUCAGAAUCAGGCCAUUCAACACUACCCAACACCUCUUCAAUCUCAGCAGAAUUACGCUCUGUCUCCGCCUUCACAACAGCUUCUCGAUAACCAGAUAGCUCAACUCGCAGCCUCUAUACCUUCGCGACCUCAAGGAUCACUUCCAGGUAAAUCCGAGACAAAUCCUAGAGAGCACUGUAAUGCAGUGUUCUUGAGAAGCGGGAAGCAACUUGAGGAUGUUGUCCCCCCUACUCUUGAAAAAGGUGAGUCUUCUUACUCUAGAUCUUCGAUGACCUCUAACAUUCAGUCUGCAGAUAUUCCAGUUAAGAUGACAUGUGAGGAAGAACCAAAGUAUGUUCCUCCACCUCCCAGACUUCCUCCAGUUCCAUUCCCUUCACGACUUGUGCAACAAAAAGAGGCUAGCCAGUUGAAGCGCUUCACGGACAUGAUAAAGAAAUUGGAGGUCACAAUACCUUUUCAUGAGGUAAUCACUCAAAUGCCCUCUUAUGCCAAAUUUCUCAAGAAUAUUCUGGCUAGGAAGAAGACACUGGAGAAGGAGACAAUACCAUUAACCAAAGAGUGUAGUGCCGUUUUUCAACAUGAUCUGCCCCGUAAGAUGGCAGACCCAGGUAGUUUCUCCAUUCCUUGCAAACUGGGCAAUCUCUUUAUUGAACAUGCGUUAUGUGAUCUAGGAGCAAGCGUAAGCCUAAUGCCAUUGUCGAUCUUCAAGAGACUAGGAGUGGGUGAACUCAAACCCACACAAAUGAUAUUACAGUUGGCAGAUAGGUCGACCAAACGGCCUGCAGGUAUACUAGAGGAUAUGCCACUUAAGGUGGGUGAUUAUUACAUACCUGUCGAUUUUGUGGUUCUUGACAUAGAUGCAGAUUCAAGCAUGCCUGUCAUUCUAGGGCGUCCCUUUCUCAACACAACAUAUGUUGUCAUCCAUGUCAGAGCGGAUCGUCUUACUAUGUCCAUUGGAGACGAGACAAUAGAAUUCAUGCUCAAUCAAAAUGACAAUCCAGACAAAAGUGUGAAAUCUAUUUGUUCAGUUUACAAGCUCAAAACGCCUAAGAACCAGGACCACAAACACAAGGUUAAGAGAGGACCAGAUCCAGCUAGGACAAAAGGUUGGCAGAAGAUCGAUAAUCUUCGCCCAUUAGACCCAUCUGGUAGUUGA